AUGGCCGACCCUGCGGGUAGCGCCGCCCCAAAAGAGGCGAUCCCUCUCAAGUUUGCGACCUUCUCCUCCGAGAUCGAGCUGCCCUUCUAUUCGGCUCUCUUUGCGUCCAAGCUCGAUCACGAUAAGCUCAGUGAUUCUGCGCGACCCGUGUUGGGGCUCUACGAGCCGAGGCCGGGCGUGGCAGCCGACGACGCUGUCAAAAUGCAGGUCCUCGGCAGUGCCCUGACUAGUCAUCAAGUCCCGCUAGGUUCAGCUCGAGCCGAAGGCAUCAUUCGGAACCUCAACACGUUGGACGCCUUCAAGACUGUGGACAAGGGCGAGGUCAUCCAGAACGCCGCUAGACAGAUCUGGGAUGCGAUCAAGGAUGGCACCAUCUAUUCAGUUCCGUCGCUUUUGGCUUCCUACGUCAUACUCUCUUACGCAGAUCUGAAGAAAUACCGCAUGACUUAUUGGUUCUGCUUCCCGACCCUACCGUCCGACCCUCAGUGGAAACGGGUUGGCAGCAUUGGCAGGUUUACGGGCGACGAAAGCACCGCUUUGGUUGAGCGGAUCGGCACUUGGCGAUAUAGUGUUGACAACAGAGAAUAUGGCUUCUUUCUGGCAAAGAAGGUUCGUGGUGAGGAGGCGGAGAAGCUUCGAUCCUCGCUCGACAUGCCCGCCGACGAAGACAUUGGCUAUAAGUGGGAGGUGGGCUCUCUACGCGAUUUUGAGACCGGUUUCUUCAGCAACAUACCCGACGAGGAUCGCUAUGUUGCAUUUGUUGACCCCUCAAACUACGAGGAACACCCAGCUUGGCCACUUCGCAAUCUCCUGGUCCUGGUGCGGCAACGAUUCCGUUUGACCAAGGUUCAGAUUCUGUGCUACCGUGAUGUCCAGUCACGCAGACACGAAGCGCGCAGCAUUGUACUUCCGCUCGCUAUGGAUCCUGUUGACGCUAUGGAGUCGGCAGAGAUGCCCAAACCUACCGGAUGGGAGAGGAAUCCUGCCGGCAAGAUUGCGCCUAGGUCCGUCAGUCUAGCGGAAUCCAUGGAUCCUACCAGGAUCGCGGAUCAGUCGGUCGACCUGAACUUGAAGUUGAUGAAGUGGCGCAUCUCUCCAGAGCUCAACCUCGAUAUUAUCAAGAAUACAAAAUGCCUGCUCCUAGGCUCUGGCACUCUCGGCAGUUACGUCUCGAGGAAUUUGAUGGGAUGGGGAGUGCGCAAGAUCACUUUCGUGGACUACGGAGCCGUCUCCUUCUCGAACCCAGUCCGGCAACCACUCUUCAGUUACCAGGACUGUCUGAACGGAGGCGCGCCGAAGGCCACGCGAGCAGCAGAAGCCGUGAAGGAGAUAUACCCCGGAGUGGAGAGCGAAGGACACGUACUGUCAGUUCCCAUGUUGGGGCACCCAGUCACGGACAAGACCAAGGGCGAUUUCGAAAAGCUCAAGGCCCUGAUCGAGGAGCACGAUGCUAUAUUCUUACUCAUGGACAGCAGAGAGUCGAGAUGGCUACCAACAGUAAUGGGGAAAGCUGCUGGGAAGAUUGUCAUGAACGCCGCGCUUGGAUUUGAUACCUUUGUGGUCAUGAGGCAUGGGCCGGAACCAAAGGAGGACAACGAAAAGACGCUCGGCUGUUACUUCUGUAACGACGUUGUUGCGCCAGGUGACUCGCAGAAAGACUUGACCCUGGACCAGCAAUGCACGGUUACGAGACCUGGCAUUGCUGCAAUUGCGUCGGCACUUCUUGUCGAGUUACUAACAAGCAUUUUGCAACACCCACUAGGUGUCCAUGCUCCCGCUCCAGUCCCUGCUGAUGGAACUGGAAAGACUUAUCAGCGUGAUCCACCAAAUCACGCACUUGGUCUAGUUCCUCACCAAGUCCGUGGCUUCCUGUCCGAUUUCAACAACAUGGUCAUCAAGGGAGAGUCAUACCCAUGCUGCAGCGCAUGCAGUCCCCCGAUAUUAUCAGCGUACAAGAAGGAUGGCUGGGAGUUCCUAAAGCGUGCGCUAGAGGAUAAGGAGUACGUGACCGAAGUCAGUGGGCUGGCCGAAGUUCAGCGCCAGGCGCAAGCGCUCGAGAACGACUUGGACUGGGACGAGGAUGAAGAGGAAGGAAAGAAUGGCGAUGACGAAGCCGUACUCCUUUAG